GCUUGUGGUAUGCGUAGAACCGACUUCGUUGUCGUCCUUCUACUGCUGUGGUCCUUUUAUUAAGCAGUCGUGACAUCGUGCGCAACAUCGACAACUUUUAUACAAAAUAACACGAAAGGUGAAAUGAAGAAAUCAGUUCAAAUCGCGACGUUUCAGCGUACGGAUGCGACCAUAAUUGUGGCGCGUAAACGCAGCGUGCUUAUUUCCUACAGAUAUAUAUCACAGGAUUGCCGAUUAUAAAAUCCACUAGUGCGAAUUUCGCAUGAUUCGCCCAAACAGAUUGGCGUGUAGUGAGCUAAACUAAUUGUAUGUGAAAGUUUUCGAUAACGAAAUGGUUCUCAGUGUGUGAGUGCUUAUUUGGCAAUAAUUUUCGCAAACAUUGGCGGAAACGGAACCAGCCGCCUACCAACCUCAUUCCAUUGCCGUGGUCCAAAUAUUUUACCAUUUUGUUUGAGCUAGUGUCGGUGAAAGCACUCGCGCUAUACGCGGGAAUUUCCGUCUGUCGUUCUUGUGUGCGUCGCGUUUCGCUGUCGCUUUCGGUAAAUUCACGUAAAUGGUUCGUGGGUCGGUCGGACGACUGAUCGGUAUUUGCAUCGGUCAAGCAUUUUAAACGAUAUAUGACUUUCGGUGGCGAAAAGUCCACAGUGUUUGUGUGUGUGUGUGAAAAUUUUAUCAGCCGCUAGCUAAAACCGAGCGCAAUUAUUUAAUAGCUGACCAAAGGUGCCAGCUGCUCACUGCGUAUGGAUUUCGACCUUGCAGACUCGCAUUCGUGGCUCCUUACUAAGAAGGUGCAUGAGAUGUUCGCCUCAAGCGCCGCUGUUCGCAAUUAGUUGGGUAAAAUGUCUGAUUGCAAGCAACCGGAAAAUUUAUUACACGGCAGCAACAACAGACAGCGCACCAAAGCAAACUUGAACGCGGCUGAGAGAAGCUGAAGCUGCAAUUGCGCAAUGCGUCUGCGGAGAUAGCGGAAAGCAAGUGUGAAAUGGAUAAGGUGUGGGCGAGUGCGGGAGAUCAAGCCCUCGAACACCAGCUCUAUAAACGGACCUCAAUAUAUAUUUGUGUCCGGUUCAAAUAAAUUAAAUCAGCACGCAUUUGUAUGCGAACAUUGUCAGAGAACAAAACUCAACGCCUAAAUCCGGUUUAGAGCCUGCAGCGUCACCGCUUUUCAGCAUCUGCCUUAUACUCAUACAUAGACAUAAGCGUAUACGCCUGUGAGUUGACCUCAGUCGGGAAAUUUAUAACAAUAUUGUAGGGAUUAAAGUGCAAUUCGCCAGCGUUCAAUAAUAAAUCCCAACAACUACUGAAUAAAUAAUACGUUCAUAUACAUAUUUAUAUAUGUACGUGUGUAUGUAUGUGUGUUUAAUUUAAUAACGUAAAAAAUAGAAACGUUUACACUUCCGGUGCAAUUGCAGCAGACAAAGCCGACAAAUAGCUGAACAACAACAACAAUAAAAUGGCUGCGCGAAACUGCAUUUGGACAUAUUUGAGUGCCAUCCGCCUGACUCUCCUCGCGCUGCCGCUGCUGUUGGCAAACACAGAGGCGCGAAUCGGCUAUUUUUGGCACAUCACAGAUCUUCACUUGGACACAUUUUACUCGACGCAAGGCGACGUUAUGCACAGUUGCUGGCGCAUCGACGGUCAAUCGCCAAGCAGUUCCAUUCGCUCACCUGGUCGUUUUGGCGAUUACUUCUGCGAUAGUCCUUGGAGCCUAAUUGAGUCGGCAGCGAAAGCGAUGAAGACUCGACAGGGCGACAAUGUCGAGUUCGUUCUGUGGACAGGCGAUGGCUUAUCACACUCGGCGCUGAAGGAGUCCGAUACGAAAAGGUUGGAGAUCCUGCGCAACAUCACCGAUUUGCUGGGUCGCACAUUCUCAUCGCAAUUCGUGUUUCCAGUGCUCGGCCAUGAAGAUGGCACCACAAAUUUUCGCCACUUAGGCGAACUCUGGCGGCAUUGGCUGCCAUCGGAGGCACUGCAUACGUUCGAAAAGGGUGGCUACUACUCCAUUGAGCAGACGAAGAGUCGCCUGCGUAUAAUUGCGCUGAACACGAAUUUCAUGCGGCACGAUCACAAGUCCCCGCCCAGCCAUCUGGCGGCGGUGCGGCAGCGCACACCAAUGUCUGGCGGCAGCGGCGGUGAUUCCGAGUACAAGACCUACUACUAUCAUCACGGCUCAAUACACCAACACCACGGACAUUCGUCGAGCGACUGGAUGGGUCAUGGCGGCGGUUAUGGCGGCUAUAGUGGCGGCCACCAUCGUGGCAUGAACGCCAUACCGGCUUUGAGUGUGGGCGAUGGCGAGGGACGCGUCAGUGCGCUGUCCGAGUAUGAGACCCAGGAUGCCGAGAAGCAAUGGCUUUGGUUGGAGGAGGAGCUCAUCAAGUCGAGAAAUAACAAAGAAACGGUCUACAUUGUGGGCCAUAUUCCACCCGGUUGGGAUGAACGGCACAUCGGUUUGCAGCAAAAUGGCCGCACCACAUUCACCGAAACGAAUAAUAAACGCUAUCUGGAAUUGGUGCGAAAGUAUUCCUCAAUCAUCCAGGGGCAGUUCUUCGGCCAUCUGCAUUCCGACUCUUUUCGCAUCAUAUACGAUGACAAUGGCAAACCGGUUUCAUGGAUGAUGAUUUCACCGUCUGUAACGCCAAGGAAGCUCAAUGUGGGUUCAAAUAACCCGGCCAUGCGGCUCUACAAGUUUGAUACGGACUCCGGCCAGGUUCUGGACUACACGCAGUACUUCAUGGAUUUGCAAUUGGCGAAUCAGGUGGGCGAGCCCAACUGGCUUCCGGAGUACAACCUCACCCAUUACUAUGCGCUCAGUGAUAUAUCGGCGGUUUCGCUGCACAAUUUCGUGGAUCGCUUCACAAGCGGCGACGGCACCUGGUUUGGCAAAUAUUCCCGUGCCAACACCGUGCGCUAUCAGGCGGAUUCCUGCGAGGGCGUCUGCAUGCUGAACCACUAUUGCGCCAUAACGCGUGUCGACUACAAAGAGUUCCGCCAAUGCCUGGAGAAGGAGCAGAGCGCGCUGCGUUCACACGCUCCCGCUGCGCACACGGCACUCGCCGGCGCCUGCCCCGUUUUAGUGCUGAUGUGCGCAUUGCUGGCAUCCUGUUGUCGCCAGGCCGCUGCGCUACUGCCGAAACUCAUUGCACGCAUGAGAGUGCAACAACAACAACAACAACACCUACAGCAGCAGCCUUUUGUCGAAAAGAAAAAGCGACAAAUUGAAUUCGCCGCGUUGGCGCUGGCCAUGACUACAGCUUCCAAAUACCGGACCGCAGUAUCAGCGAUGUUAUUAAACGGCAGAAUGGCAGCAUUUGCUCUGUUGCUCGGGAUAUUGUUGAUGCUGCAAUAUGCGUUGGAGCGCAACUGCCGUGGCACGAGCGCCUCACCACCGCCGCCGAUGGAAGACCAACUGAGUGCGAAAAUGGCUGCAAAUAAAAUGGAAAAUUUUUACAUGCAACGGACAAUGUUGCAGCUAAGGACUGGUAGCAUGCUGCUGCGCGCGGACCACGGUAGGGCGCCAAUACAACGGCCAGUAACACUGUAUUGCAACAGCGCUUGCUGUUGGCGGUUUAAUAUUACCGUUGUGGCAACCAGCGACAUGAGAACCAAUGCGGCUGAUAACAAUGCAACACUGUGGCAACUGUGGCAUGACGUGGCGCAAGAAAAUGCAACUGACAAUAACAAUGCCCGUCAUGCAAUAAUUCCAAUUUCAACUGUGCAACAGCGAUUGCCACAAUGCAACAGCGUGAAUUACAGGUCGCUUCGUCUGGAGCGGCAACUUCUUUGUAUAUUAUGCUUCAUAAUGAGCUGCGUGCGGCCUCAAAGCAGCGGGCUUCGCGUACCACCUGGCGCCCUGUGCACCGCCACCACCGCCAACAUACCCAACAAAUUGCUUAACACAAACGCACCCACUGAAAUGCUGGACGCCGCCUCGUGCUGCAAUCACUUUAGCCAACAACAAACGUACCAGCGCUCGAGUGUCCAGAGUCCCGCUUCACAUUAGUAACGCCCGGUAUUGCUUAGCUUAGCUUUUUUAUUGUAAUUUAGUGUUUAUUAUUGCAACAAAUGAUAUUCAAGGAGCGCGUGUGCGGCAGAUGGAUGAAUGUAUGGUCAUAGUUGAUAUAAUGUGAGAGCUUCUUUGUUCAUGAAGUACCAGCGAAAUAUAUAAGCUGUUGUUUCUGUAAUAAUAAGGCUGUGCUGAAUUAUAAAAUAAAGAAGUUCUGCAGUAAAAUAAUCCCAGCUCCGGACUUCAGUAUGUCUUGAGCUGAGUCGGCUAUACUUAUUUGCCUUGCUUUUAAGGAGUCCAACUUUCUAGCAGAGACCUUUGUCCUUCUUGUACCUAUAUAUGCUGUUUCUAUUACAAAUCAAGCGGAGUGGAAGUUGUAAGCAACAUCCAUAAUUAGUCUCUCUCAACUCGCUGCAAAUCUCAACAAAAAUGUUGAGAGUCUUUAACGCUCAAAGUGAAAACGAUGCUUAUUGUCUCUUUUGACAUCAUGAAGUUGUUCCUCAUGGACAAACCUUCAACGCCAAGUUUUAUGUGGAAGUCCUCAAGCGAUUCAAACGAAGGGUCAAUCGCGCCCGACAAGACAUCGCAGCCGAUUGGAAGUUGCACCACAAAAAUGUCACUGAUCACACAGACUUUCUUGGCAACAGCUACCUAACCAAGGCCAGUAUGAAAGGCAAACAUUUUUAAACGAGAGAGAGGAUCGAACCAGCAUGCACAUCAACCAUCAUGGCUAUUCGGGAGAAUGCCUUUCGUACCGCCUUCAAUGCUCGGAAAUCAAGUUUGGCAGCCCUGCAUCCACGCAGAAGGAGCCUAUUUUGAAAGUUCUUGAAGAAUUGUAACAAUUGGUUCAAUAAAUUUUUGUAGAUCGACUCAUUCCUAUUACUUUUCGGACAAACUCUGUAUUCCAAGUCAUAGCUGUAAAUCUCUUCUUUCACAACAGCUUCCAGUCAGGGCAGAGUUUUCAGGAAUACUUUCUUCGUGGACCCAGUGACUUUGUUUGAUUUAAGAAACUUGUGCAGAUCAUAAUGCACCGUUACGAAUGAGUAAUACAGCUGACUGAAAGUCAGAGCAAGACUUCAAUUAUUUAAGUGUGUCUAUUGUUUCCAAAAUAAACCGCUUGAAUACAAAAGGAAACAGAGAGUACAGUUACGUGUACACCAAGCUAAGUCAAGGCCGUAGCUUCAGCCAAUAUUUGCGUGUGUGUGUGAAUGGCCGUGCGGGGGGUAGCGUCCGCUCCGACUACUGAGAGCGUGUUGAUUUGGUAGAAGUGAGCGUUUUGAACGAAAUCGAAUUAGUGAUACCAAUAGGCUAGUUACUAGAGGAAAAGCUUAUAUUUAAUUACAAUAGAAACAAACAAAUAGGAAAAUAGUUUCGCCAUUGUAAUAGCGAACGCCGAUUACCGUUAUAAGUAUUGUAUUAAAUACUGAGGCAAUUCUCCAUAGAUAUGUUCAUAAGUGUCUAGUUGUGUGACUAUACGCAUAUAUAUAGUAUAUAUAUAUAUAAAUUUAUAUAAAUAUAAAUGUAUGUACAUAAUAUAGAUAAAUAAAUGUUUUGCAUGCGUUAUGUAUUGUAUACACAUGUAUAGUAUGUAUGUAUAAACCAAACGACCUAAAUCUAUUUCAUAUGAAAAAAACACUACAUUUCAAAUGUGCAAUAAAGCAAAAACAAAAAAAACAA